AAUUAAUGAUCAACUUUCGCCAGAAUUGAUAUGACAUCAUUUUCCCAGCUAAGGUGAGGGCCGUGGGGGCCCGGCCCGUUCCCCACACACUUGCAGCAGCAGCCUUGAUGUGCUCAGCAUUGCAAGCGGCGACCAUCACAUCCACUCGAUCCGUGCGAGCUCUGACGCACACUGAGAAGGGGACUUUUUGGCUGCGUGUCGACGUCUCUAUUCAACAGGAUCUGUUGCGACUUCAGCCCACUGUGUCGGCUCCAUCGCCACAACCCCUCCUCAACGCAGGCGAUGGUAAAGGCUUGAGGCGAUAUGACACCGAUGACAGCCCCGCGCGGCUGAGGCGAAUGCAUGCGAAGGAUCCAGUCUACCUUUCUGCUACUGCUGUGACUGAACACUACAUCUGCAAUGGGGUCUGGAUCUAUGAAGACAAACGGAUCGAAGGUUGUUCAGUGGGUGUCACCUACCCUGUGGCCGAAAGCUGCAUGUGUACUUCAUGUAACGAAGACAACACAUACUGUGGACGUCUUCCCGGUUCAUGCUGAGCUGUUUUUAAAGCCCUUUUAAUUUGAACCUUGACACUGAAAAAUUGGUGUUUCUGCAUUCAAACGUGAAUAAACAAAUAAAAACAUUUUGAUUUCCGCAAUAUGCCAAUUAUCACAGAAAUAACAGUCAAUUGUAGUUAUAAAUCUCACUUGGAUUUUUCAUAAAA